AGGAUGUUGAGCAACCAUUCCAUCUUGUCAAAAUACCAGUGAUAUGUAACAUGAGUGAGAGAGAGAGAGUGAAAGACCCGGGAGUAAAUCCUCUCCAGUGGAAAAAAAACUGGAUGAUAUCCAGUGUUUAAUCUUACUAUUCAUUGUUCUCUCUCUCCUAUUUAUUUUUUAUCCCACUUAUAGAAUUAAAGGUGAGAGAUCACACUUUAUUUUCUCAAGUGUUAAAAAAAUAGAGAGGAUCCAUUUCCGGGAGGAGGGGGUAGGAUUAAGGAAUACGGCAAAGAUCUCAGGGUUUGGAAUGGAGAAGAGUAUCGACAUUUGGAAUAUGAAUUUUUUUCCGUUUUUGUGGAUAAUCUUUCUGAAGACAUAUCAAAGCGAGAGUUAUUCCAGUUGUUCAAUUGGGCUGGGCGCAUCAACGAUAUAUAUCUAUCCCGAAAACAAAAAAAUGGUGGCAUGUACUUUUUUACCUUCAUACGAUACACGAUGAAGGAAGGGGCAUUGAAAGCUAUAGCGGAAAUGAAUCGGCUGAGAGUGAGAGGUAAAGCUGUUUUUGUGGGUGAAGCUAAGUACAGACAAAUGUCGAGAACCAUGAAAAAUGACAUAAAUAAGGGAAGACAAGGAGGGAUAACCAUAACCCAUCAACUUGGCAGUCGCAUCGGGAAGUAUGUGACGAUGGAUCCUUGUCAACGGGACAGAAUUUACGUAGGAAGGAGAUCGACCAAAACCUGCAUGGGAAUGGCAAGCCGAAGAAGGUGGAAGCUGCAGUGGCGGCAGAAAAUCUAGAAUGGUUGCAGCGAAGCCUGGUGGGGGUUACUACGCAGCCUUUUGAGUUCAUCUCCUUGAAGGAAACAAUAGUGAAGAUUCUGCCUUCUGUCGCUCAUAUUUGGAAAAUGGGAGCAUACAAAGUCCUGUUGACCUUUGAUAGUGACCAGCAUGCUGACGAAGCUUACACCUUUAAGUUGAAUUGUCUCUUAUAAGUUUUUCACAGGGUCCAGGUGGGAGGAGUCGAAGCGUAGUGGAAUUAGAAGGGUGUGGCUCGAAUGUUUCGGAGUCCCGUUACUUGUAUGGUCAGUUGACACUUUCAAUACGAUAGGAGGCUAGUGGGGGACAGUAGUUGGAUGUGCGAGGAAGACAGAAUUGUGUAGCUCGUUCACUGUAGGUUGUGUGCUAAUUGAUACGAGUGUAAUAGAAGUUAUUCAGGAAAGAAUUCAUCUCUCCUUUGGCUCCAGGGGUUAUGAUGUUUUGUUAAAGAGGUUGGUUCUGAAGAGUGUAACAUGCAGUGUAAGGGGAAUUUUUUUGAUAAUGGAAGCAAAAACUGUGAGAUCUUGAAUCAUGGUAUAGCAAGCACGAGUGCAAAAAGGGAUAAAGGCAGAGUAGGCAACCGGAGCUGUCGAAGGGGGGUGACCAGGAUGAAGGUUUGUUAAUGGUGGUGGAUCGGAGAAAGGAAGAUGACAAGGGUAGAAUAGUAAUUUCUGAUGAUAUUUUGAAUAAAUGGGUUGAAGGCAAAAUUAAUCACAAUCUCGAAAAUUUAGUAACGUAUCAAGCCGUUGAGGGCGCCAUUCAAGGAAAUGCUAUUUUGAUGGGUGAAAAUGGCAUUAGCUAUGAUGCUGAUUCUGAUAGAACAAUUACAUGUGGGUUUAGUUCUAUGUGUAAUGGGCUGAAAAGGGUCUCAACUAAGAAAAAACAAAAAAAAAAAGGGAGGAUGCACUAAGAAAAAACAAAAAAAGCAAGGCUGCAUUAAGGAAUGGGCUAGGCCCAAAAUAAGGGAGGUGGAAGGGAGCUCUAGCUAUUUAGGCCCAUCCCUAUCAACUAUUGGGCAAGCUGCUCUUGGACCGAAGCUGGGUGGUCCGGGUCGGGUGGAGAUAAUGCAGUAAGAUAGCAGAUCCUUCUCUGCGGCGCGCAGGAGAGAGGCUCAGGCUAUUGAUGGCGUGACCAUUCUUGAGGGUGACAGUGACACCUGCGCUGGGGAUGGACACGGAGGGAGGUGGCGGACAGCAGCCUUGGGGAGCCGGCAGACUAGCGGUGGAGAAGACCUCGACCGAACCUGUGGAGUCACUGCCGAUGGGUCUGGUUUCGCCGAUAGUCUAGCGGUUCUUUCUGACAGGGUUGCCGUUGUGAAGGCACGCGCCAAAGCAGAGCAGACAGUGAUGGGAGAUGGUGAUAGUAGUGAUGCUCCUGCUGGUGUGGAGGACGGCAACUUGCACCUCGUUGGUGGUCAUCCGUGUAAGCUUGAUGCUGCGAUCGGGUCUGUGGAGGCAGACGAGAACCGGUUUGGACUCAGGCCUGGUCGAGUUACAUCGCUUGAUCAGAAUGAAGGAAGGGUGGAUGCUGGACAUGAUGGGGAGAGCAUUGAAGGAGUGGUGUCCGGGCAGGGUGCUAUUGAGCAAGAGAAGGGGGACAGUGAUACUCAAUGCUUGGAGGAGCAGAUGUUGGAAAAUAAAAAGACUUGGGAGCUAGCAAUAGAAUCAGGUGCUAUGUUAUGCAAUGAAGAAGAUGACAUAAUGGCAAUCCUUCAAGCACAGAAUGAAGAAAUAGCACAAAGGAGGAAGCUGGCAAAACAGAAGGCAAAGAUAAGGCGGUGCAGACUCAAAAAUAUAAAACAGGUGUGGUGUGCGUGGAUAUCUAUGAUUGGCUGCCCUUGGUCAACUCCGGGUUCGAUGAAGGCCCACUUUCUAAGCUGGACAGAAGGGCCGCGUAGAAAAGAAGAUCGAAAGCAAUCGUUGAUAUGUUUCUGUGCGAUCAUCUGGAACAUUUGGUUGGAAAGGAAUAGGAAGAUAUUUUAGAAUAAAAGCAAAGGUGUAGAAGAAAUCAUCAACAUGACUAUGCUUAGCUGCAAUGAGUGGAGAGGGGUAAAUCCCUAAUAUUGUUGAUGGCUUUGUUGGUUAUGACAUAGGAAAAUUUCUUUUGUGAUUGUUUUUCUUUCUUGAGUUGUCUGUUUGAGUUGAACGUCUGUCUCUGUAUGCUCCACUUUAAUGUGUCGAGCUCUUUUGUUUUCGAAAAAAAAAUAUUUAAAAAGAAUGAUCAAUUUUUUUUUUGUAAAAAGACAAAUAUAUCUUUAAGUUAU